CCCGGAUCGGCGACGGCGACGAUGAUGAUGGACGAGCCGUGGGGCGAGGGGCGCGUGGCCCCGGACGUGCACUGCGCGCUGCGGGACAAGGAACUGAAGCUGCCCGCCUUCCGCGCCCACUCCCCGCUCCUGAAGAGCCGCCGCUUCUUCGUGGACAUCGUGACCCUGCUGAGCAGCCACUGCCAGCUCUGCCCUGCAGCCCGGCACCUGGCCGUCUACCUGCUGGACCACUUCCUGGACCGCUACAACGUCACCACCUCCAAGCAGCUGUACACCCUGGCCGUGGGCUGCCUCCUGCUAGCAAGUAAGUUUGAGGACCGGGAAGACCGCGUGCCCAAGCUGGAGCAGAUAAACAGCACGCGGCUCCUGAGCAGCCAGAACUUCUGCCUCACCAAGAAGGAGCUGCUGAGCGCCGAGCUGCUGCUCCUGGACGCGUUCAGCUGGGACCUGAGCCUGCCCACGCCCGCCCACUUCCUGGACUACUACCUGGCCGCCUCGGUGAGCCACAAAGACCAGCACUGCCACGCCUGGCCCUCCCCCUGCGUCCGCAAGACCAAAGAGUGUCUCCGAGAGUAUGCGCACUACUUCCUAGAGGUCACCCUGCAAGAUCAUGUGUUCUACAAAUUCCAGCCGUCCCUGGUGGCUGCCGCCUGCGUCGGGGCUUCCCGGAUCUGCCUGCAGCUCUCUCCCUACUGGACCAGAGACCUGCAGAGGAUCUCAAAGUACUCUCUGGAACACCUGGCCACGUGUAUCGAACUCCUGCUGCUAACAUACGACAACAUUCUCAAGGAUGCCGUUGCUGCCAAGAGCCAGGCGUUGGCCGUGGUGCCCUGCACGCCCCGGGCCCCCACCCAAGUGCUCUUCCAGCCCCCCGCUUAUGUUGACCUCAGCCAGCCCACCCCGGCCACGCUGGCCGAGAUCCACAGCCCUGGGCAUGACCUGUACCUGGCCUACUGGGACUCGCUGCAAUCCCACCCCCUGGGGGGCGUGGCCUCCUCCGGGCACACCUCCUACCCCGCCCUCCAGCCCCUGGACCUGUGCACCGUGCCCCCGUCCCUCAGCAUGCACAUGACCGUCGUCGCUGCUGAACCCAGACACUGCCUGGCGGCUGCCUACGGAGCCAGCUGCUCCGGCGCGGGCCACCUGUUCCCCGCGGGCUGUUUUGACAGAUAGACCUCGCUUGGGCCACCUGGAAGCCAACACAGCGGACGAAGCCUCAGCCAGGGGAAGCUAUCUGCACCUGAGUGGCCAUCCCCCAAGAGUCGGGUGGCCCAGGACCUAAAACAGACCCAGGGCAGAACAUGUAAAUCAGUCCCUUCCAAGCACAAGUCCAGGGAACAAGACAGAAAGACCCGAACGCCUCACAGCACACGAAGCACAUCGGGCUGCAGCCUCCAAGACUGCAUCUGUUGUUAACCUGCCUGGCACCGGUGGCUCACGCCUGUAGUGCUAGCUACUCAGGGUCGUGAGGAUCUGAGAGUCACGGGUUCAAAGCCAGCCCGGGGCAGGGAAGCUCUUUCUUAUGUCCAGUUGAUGCCACCAAAAAGCCAAAAGUGGAGCGGUCAUCCAGGUAGUAGAGCGCUAGC